ACCACGUCUACGUUGUCAGUACGUGGUGGGGGAGUCGUGCAGCGAGCAUCAUGUUGUAUCACUUGUUGCUGCAGACAGUAAAGACACAACAGUCAGCAGGUGUGUCACCCGGUCAGCCUCACCUUCUGCUGUAUCAUCUCGAUGUCAGCAAAGACGUGGAGAAGGCCGUCAACGACUUGUCACAGGAGGCAAGGGGAGGGUCGUUGUAUGUCAUCGCUGAUGAAGCAGUGCUCGAGUACAAAGAACAAAAAUUCCAGACGUUCUGUAAGAAAUUGCUGGCGCGAGUUCCUCGUCUCCAUCUGUGGGCGGCAAGUUAUUUCCAUGGAUACGCACCCGACGGCUGGCAAGUGGAAUAUUUAACCAGACCCCUCCGCUCUCCACCGGUUGUCGUCAGGGAAGUAGAGAAAGACGCGAGGAUUACGAAAGGUGACGUCAAACCGUACAGAGAGCGAGGUGUGUCCGACCACACAGACGGCCCGCCAGUCACACGACUGUAUCACCGAGGUCAGGGUCACUCAGGUGUCUGGCCAGUUGACUGUAUCACGUGCGGUCGUGAGGUGGCCAGCUUCCUACACAGUCUCCGUGUUGGUGUUACGGAGAACAUCACGGCAACAUCUACGACGGUGACGUUCACCAGCCGCUACACAACACCAACCUGCUUGCAGUGGAGAGACGUGCUGGUGUUGUACUGGCGUGACGACUGCGACAAUACAGAUAUGGUGACAGUACUGCAAGAAGCGGGUAUCCCAGUGCGGGUGAUGACGGAUGACGACAUCGAGGACGUGGCCACGGCCCGCAGUGACGUGGUGUGGGUGGCGGAUGAGCGCCGUGUUCGUGGUCUGGAGAGAAAAGUCGUCGUGUGUGUGAAUGACAAUGUCGCUUUGUCUUUCCGACUUCACUGGAUUUCACGGUGUACGUCACAACUUGUGAUUGUGUCCCUUGAUGACUAGUCGCUUAAAUAUAAUUCACAUUGUCUCGUGUUCCACUUGUGUAUUCUUUGUGUCACUCUUCUAUCAGCUCCCCUUUAUAUUCUUUUUCUCCUCGUCUUUCAUUCCGCUCGGUAUAACACACGAUAUAUUAAUGAUGUAGUUUAUGUUCAGAAGACAAGAUGUCAGGUCUCAUAGUUUUGGCCGAAAAUACUUCCACAACCGAUAUCAUUAACACAUCGUUAAUUGUACCUAAUAGGCUGUGACCUGCCAUUAAUGGAAACUACAGCAAUCAAAAUGUGUAAACUUUUACUAGUCUGCUGGUAUACAAAGAUAAUAACAACAUUAUUAAAGUAUGUUUGAAAUGACAA